AAAGGUUCCAGAGCUGGUGUACGGCCACAAUGGUAGUUGGAACAAAUGUUGGGAGCAAGGAGUAACCCCAUGGGAUUUAGGACAGACAACACCUAUGAUUCUGCAUCUUCUUCAAAAUGAUGUGCUACCAAAAGGAAGGGUUUUAGUCCCUGGAUGUGGCUCUGGAUAUGAUGUUGUUGCCAUUGCUAGCCCUCAACGCUAUGUUGUAGGUCUGGAUAUAUCAGACCUUGCCCUUAAGAGAGCAAAAGAGAUCUCUUCCUCAUCUGCAAAUGCAAAUUAUGUCAGUUUCUUAAAGGAGGACUUUUUUAGUUGGCAACCGACUGAAUUAUUCGACCUCAUUUUCGAUUAUACGUUCUUUUGUGCUAUUGAACCACACAUGAGAUCAGCUUGGGCAAAUCGAGUUCGAGAUCUUCUAAAGCCAGACGGGGAACUUAUAACACUAAUGUUUCCGAUUACUGAUCAUGUUGGUGGACCUCCAUUUAAAGUUUCAGUGGCUGAUUACAAAGAGGUGCUACAUCCUACGGGUUUCGAGGCAAUCUCUAUUGAGGAUAAUGAACUUGCAAUUGGGGGACGCAAGGGAAGAGAGAAGUUGGGAAGGUGGAAGAAGUCUAUUGACAUUCCUGACAACAAAGAACACAAUACACUCGAUUCGGGUGAUUUUUGAGCUUGAAGAAACAU